GAGAGAAGCUGAACUGGAAGCUUGAGUGCUGUGUGGCUUCUUGAAAGCUUAUGAAUGGAUUAUUGGCAGCUGAGAGCCAGGAGGGACCUAUAGGGGCUGCAAGAUCAUUCCCACAGGAGCGGGGGAGCCAAGCCCACGGGCUGCCGCUUCCUUGCUGUGUUAGCCCUCCUUCCUGAAAUGAAUGGGACCCACCAGACUCCCUGAAGGUCGAGUCCGGGGCUCCCAGCCUCAUCCGGUUAUUAGGACGGCGGACCGGCACCUUGAAGGAGAACUCGACGGAGACCUGCAACAUACACUGACCAGUCCGAAGGGGAUUUAAACACAGGAACAAAACCUCCACCACCGCACUGCCCCGAGCCCGGGGCUGGCCGGAGCGUGCCGACCUGCGGGGCCGACUGGAGGCUGGAUGGACUCGGGCUGAGGACCCACCUGCAGGGUGACAGUUAAGUGCCGUCUCGGGUCUUUGUGCACCCCGGGGCUGCCUGCCCCUUCCCAGUAGCAUCAGACUCUGUGUCUCUGCAUGCCCGUCCUCCUGGGCAUUUGUCUGAAGGUGAAUGUGGUGUAGGUGAAGGACUGCGGAGAAGAGGCAACUCCUGGGAAGGACCGAAGUGCAAAUGAGAGGAGAAGGGUCUUUUUCAUGACUGCAGGUCGCGAGGGCUGCGUGUUUGUGAGCGAGUGUGCGUUUGAGAGGCUUUGGCUGGUGUCCACAUGUCCCUCCUCUAGAAUCGGCGAGGGGAGGGGCUAUUGAAAAGGGGGUAAAAGAGGAGAAACCUGAGCUCUCUGGAGGAGAUUCAAAGGAACCCAGGGAAAGCAACUGCGCUCUGUGAGGACCGAGCUGGAGCAGGGAGGGAGGUGAGGGGCGAGGCGAGGGCGCACACCGGGUGGGGCGUGGAGAGCCCGUGGCGCUGCCCCCAGAGCAGGUAGCCAGGAGAGGCGCUCUUUUGGGGCCGCCUGAAAAAGUUUGGUCUGUGAACAGAACAGUUUCCCCAGCGACUGUGCGUCCACGGCUGGCCGGCUCUUCCUCUCCAGCCCGCCCCCAGCAUCCCGGUGUGGUACCCAGAAGUUGGAGUCUGGUUCUGUGUGAAGAGCCGGGGGAAGCAUGAUGUGCUUCAAGAUCCUGGGACUGAGUCUGGUGGUGACCCUGGCCGGGGGGGCCCUCGGCACGGCCAGCUCCACGCCGGGCUGGCCACACAGGCGGUCCCUGGCUCAGAGGGGACGCCUGAGUGUGGUGCCGUCGGAAGGAGAGCGCUGCUGGCUGGGGACCAGGGUCCGGAGACCCAGAGCUUCUCCCCAGCAUCACCUGUUUGGGGUCUACCCCAGCCGUCCCGGCAGCUCCCUGAGGCCUUAUCCCGCGGGGGAUCCGGCUGCCCACCACACGGGACGCAGGAUGCCCACCACCCAGGAGAUGGCUGAGAGCAGGGCUGGCCCAGCCCCGACCAAGAGUGCAGCCAUGAGGAGUGAGGCUGAGCAGCUGGCCGCCCUGCGGGUAGGGGAGGGUCCUGUGGGGCAGUCGGAGCUGCUGGGAGGUGAUGACGCUCGUCUUGCUGAUCAAGGGUCUGAGGAGUCUCUAGGUGAGGCUGGGACUCGGGGACGCUCAGCCACAGCUGCCACCACGACCACCGUGCUCUCACGCCAGAGGGCACCCAAGCCGGAGACCCGAAGGCAGGGUCUGGCCAAGACCAGGCGACGUCGCCAGGUGGCGAAGGGGCAGGCAGAGGGCGUGCGUGGAGACCCCGGUGUCUCUCCCCAGCAUCUCCAGCCUCGGCCUCCGCGUGCCCUGAAGCGCCGGGUCCAAGGCCGUCCAUCGGAGGACGGUGUCCAGAGCGGCAGAGGGAGCCCCCACCGGGAGGCAGGGCCCUCGGACUCCCGCGGAGGAGGAGGGCUGCCCGUGCUGUACUUCUCGGGGAGGCGGGAGCGGCUGCUGCUGCGUCCGGAAGUGCUGGCUGAGGUUCCCCGGGAGGCGUUCACAGUGGAAGCCUGGGUGAAGCCGGAGGGAGGUCAGAGCAACCCGGCCAUCAUCGCAGGUGUGUUCGAUAACUGCUCCCACACUGGCAGCGACAAGGGCUGGGCCCUGGGGAUCCGCUCGGGGAAGGACUCGGGAAGGCGAGACGCCCGCUUCUUCUUCUCCCUUCGCACCGACCGCGUGAAGAGGGCCACCAUCGUCACUGGCCACAGUCGCUACCAACCAGGCACGUGGACGCACGUGGCAGCCACUUACGACGGACGGCGGAUGGCCCUAUAUGUGGAUGGCACCCGGGUGGCCAGCAGUCUGGACCAGUCCGGUCCCCUGAACAGCCCGUUCAUGGCGUCCUGCCGUUCUUUGCUCCUAGGGGGGGAUGGCUCUGAAAGUGGGCAUCAUUUCCGCGGGCACGUGGGCACACUGGCCUUCUGGUCGACGGCCCUCUCCCAAAGCCACCUCCAGCACAGUCCUCAGCACCCCAGCGGGGCCGACGAGCUGACCGCCCUGAUGCUGACGGCCACUUUUGAGCCGCUGGAAGAACAGUGGGUCCCCUUCAGAGACGACAAGUACCCGCGGCUUGAGGUUCUCCAGGGCGUCGAGCCGGAGCCCGAGCUUCUGUCACCGCUGCAGCCCCCGCCUUGCGGGCAGACGGCGUGCGACAACGUGGAGCUGAUCUCCCAGUACAACGGGCACUGGCCCCUGCGAGGGGAGAAGGUGAUCCGCUACCAGGUGGUGAACAUCUGUGACGACGACGGCCUGAGCCCCACCGUGAGCGACGCGCAGAUCCGCCGGCAGCACGAGGCGCUGCAGGAAGCCUUCGGCCGCUACAACAUCACCUGGCAGCUGAGCGUCCGCCGGGUGCACAACGCCACCCUGCGCCGCCGCGUCGUGCUGGUCAACUGCGAGCCCAGCAAGAUCGGCAACGACCACUGCGACCCCGAGUGUGAGCACCCGCUCACGGGCUACGACGGGGGCGACUGCCGCCUGCAGGGCCGGUGCUACUCCUGGAACCGCAGGGACGGGCUGUGCCACGUGGAGUGCAACAACAUGCUGAACGACUUCGACGACGGGGACUGCUGCGACCCCCCGGGGGCCGACGUGCUCAAGACCUGCUUCGACCCUGACUCGCCCAAGAGGGCCUACAUGAGUGUGAAGGAGCUGAAGGAGGCGCUUCAACUCAACGGCACGCACUUCCUCAACGUCUACUUCGCCAGCUCGGUGCGGGACGACCUUGCAGGGGCCGCCACCUGGCCCUGGGACAAGGACGCUGUCAGCCACCUGGGUGGCGUUGUCCUGAACCCGGCCUAUUACGGGAUGCCCGGCCACACCAACAUCAUGGUCCACGAGGUGGGGCACGUCCUGGGGCUCUACCACGUCUUCAAGGGGGUCAGCGAGAGAGAGUCCUGCGAUGACCCCUGCCGGGAGACAGUGCCCUCCAUGGACACUGGGGACCUCUGUGCCGACACGGCCCCCACCCCCAAGAGUAAGCUGUGCCAGGACCCCGAGCCUACCAAUGACACCUGCGGCCCCACCCACUUUCCAGAGGCUCCGUUCAGCAACUACAUGAGCUACACAGACGACAACUGCACCGACAGCUUCACCCCUAACCAGGUGGCCCGCAUGCAUUGCUACUUGGACCUCGUGUACCAGCAGUGGAGUGACAGCCGGAAGCCCACCCCCAUUCCCGUCCCUCCGGUGGUCGUCGGGCAGACCAGCCAGUCCCUCACCAUCCACUGGCUGCCCCCGAUCAGUGGGGUGGUGUACGACAGGGCGCCGGGCAGCGUGUGCGGCGGCUGCGCGGAGGACGGGGCGUUCCAGCAGUACGUGCACUCGGCGUCCUCCCGGCGCGUGUGCGACUCCUCGGGGUACUGGACGCCGGAGGAGGCCGUGGGGCCCCCAGACGUGGACCAGCCCUGUGAGCCGAGCCUGCAGGCCUGGAGCCCCGAGCUCCACCUGUACCACAUGAACAUGACCGUGCCCUGCCCUGCGGAAGGCUGCAGCCUGGAGCUGCUCUUCCAGCACCCGGUGCACGCCGACACCCUCACGCUGUGGGUCACCUACCUCUCCGUGGACCCCUCCCAGGCGCUCUUCGACACGGAGAUCCUGCUGGAGCACCAGGAGUCCGUGCACCUGGGCCCCCUGGACACGCUCUGCGACACCCCGCUCACCAUCAAACUGCACGUGGACGGGAAGGUCGUGGGGGUGAAGGUCUACACCUUCGAUGAGCGGAUGGAGAUCGACGCGGCGCUCCUGACCUCCCGGCCCCGCAGCCCCCUGUGCGCGGGCUGCAGUCCUGUGCGGUACCAGGUUCUCCGCGAGCCCCCGUUUGCCAGCGGCUUGCCCGUGGUGGUGGCGCAUCCUCACCGCAAGUUUACGGACCUGGAGGUCACCCCGGGGCAGCUGUAUCAGUACCAAGUCCAAGCCGUGGCUGGAGCCGAGCUGGGAGAAGCCUCGCCCCCUCUGAGCCACGUCCACGGAGCUCCUUACUGUGGAGAUGGGAAGGUGGCAGGGCACCUGGGCGAGGAGUGUGACGACGGAGACCUGCUGAGCGGGGACGGCUGCUCGAGGACCUGCCGCCUGGAGGAAGGCUUCAGCUGCGCAGGGGAGCCCAGCCUGUGCUACGUGUUCGAGGGCGACGGGGUGUGCGAGCCUUUCGAGAAGGAGACCAGCCUGGCAGACUGCGGCCUCCACACUCCGCACGGGCACCUGGACCAGUGGGCCGCGUGGGCUUACUCUGCUCACGAGGACAAGACCAAGUGUCCCGCCUCCUUGGUGACGGGAGAGCCUCCCUCCAUGGUGUGCACGCCGCACCACCCAGGUUUGCCAGAGCGCCAGCCCCCCGCUGGCUGGUUUCCCUGUGCGCCCCCGGGAAACGGGUCUCGGGACGAAGGCGGCGAGCGGCCAGAGGGCAGCCUGGAGAGCGGGGACGAGGCCUGGCUCAAGGUGUGUUUCGAGAGACCCGGAGUGGCCACGGAGAUUUUUAUUUUCUUGGCUUCUGAUGGCCUGGUGCCUGGCGACCGUCAGCAGCCUGCAGUGACCCUUCAGCUGACCGAUGUCAGUGGACACAACCACUCUCUCGGGACCCACGCGCUGGCCUGCCAGCGCAACCCGCUGGUGGUCAACGUGAGCCGGCACGCGGACGCCCUCCUGCGCCCCACCGCCUCCGCACUGCUGAGCUUCUCCUCCCCGUGGGUGGGCAUCUCGGCGGUGGCGCUGCGGACGUCCUCCCACACUGGUCCUGCGGUUCCCAACGACUGCGUCCCAGAGCUCGAGGAGCAAAAUCAUCAGGGACAGAGCUGCGUCCACCAGCCCUGCGGGGAGCAGGGCAGCUGUGCACCCCUGCUGCUCGAUCACACGGAUGUGGUGAACUGUACCUCUGGGGGCCCAGGCCACAUGAAGUGCUCUGUCACCUGUCAAAGGGGGUUCACCCUUCAGGCCAGCAGUGGGAAGUACCUGAGGCCCAUGCAGCGGGAGAUCCUGCUCACGUGCUCCUCCGGGCACUGGGACCGCGCAGUGCGCUGUGCACCCCUCGACUGCGGCGCCCCCGGCCCGUCUCUGGUGCACUACGCGACCUUCUCCUGCUCCGAGGGAACGACCUUCCGGAAACGCUGCUCCGUCUCCUGUGUCCCUCCGGCCAAGCUGCAAGGACUGAGCCCGUGGCUGACCUGCCUGGAGGACGGGCUCUGGUCUCUCCCCGAAGCCUACUGCAAGCUGGAGUGCGACACGCCCCCCGUCAUCCCCAACGCCACCUUGCUGCUGCCGCGCUGCCUCCAGGGCCGCCACGACGUGGGCUCCACCUGCAGAUACGAGUGCAGACCCGGCUACUACGUGGUGGGAGGCUCGGAGGGUCAAGUCAGGAGCAAGCUCCUGAAGAUCCAGUGCCUGGCGGACGGGACCUGGGAGCGAGGCAGCUGCGUCCCAGUGGUGUGCGAGCCCCCGCCCCCGGUCUUCGAAGGCAUGUAUGAAUGUACCCGCGGCUUCGAGCUCGGCAGCCAGUGCGUGCUCAAGUGUAACCGGGAAAGGCUCCCCAUCCUCUGCACCAAGGAGGGACGGUGGACUGAGGAGUUCAAGUUGUGUGAGCAGCUGCAAGGGGAGUGCCCGCCACCCCCCUCGGGGCAGAACUCCGUGGAGUACAAGUGUGAGCAGGGAUACGGAAUCGGUGCAGUGUGCUCCCCCUCGUGCAUCGUGCCCCCGAGCGACCCCGUGGUGCUGCCCGAGAACGUCACUGCUGACACCGUGGAGCACUGGAUGGAGCCCGUCAAAGUCCAGGGCAUCGUGUGCACCGGGCGGCGUGAGUGGCACCCCAACCCCGUCCUGGUCCACUGCAUCCAGUCUUGCGAGCCUUUCCAAGCGGACGGCUGGUGCGACACCAUCAACAACCGGGCCUACUGCCACUACGACGGGGGCGACUGCUGCUCCUCCACCCUGUCCUCCAGGAAGGUCAUCCCCUUUGCGGCCGACUGUGACUCAGAUGAGUGCACCUGCCGGGACCCCAAGGCCGAAGAGAACCAGUGACUGGGGCCGGAGCCCCCCUCCCGCUGCCCCGGAGGCAGGAAGAGAGGGAGGCCCCCACAAAGGGAACCCGGAGGGGCACGGAGAAGGGAGUUCAUGACGGGAAGGAGGAGCGUGAAGGAGCGUGUAAGGAACACAGGAGGGCGUUUGCGGGCGCCAACCCGUCACAUCCAGUAGCUCAAGGAAGGACGGAUCGUAGGCAGAGGUUUCCUCAAGGAGGCAGGUGACUCAAAGCAGCGGGAGAGACCUGGUAGGUGUGCAAGGACCCUCCUCCCCCAUUUGUAUAAUCUCCAACUCCCUCCGCGACGCCUGCCCACGCCCCUCGGGGCGCCCGCCCUCCUCCAGCCCACCCCACCGCCUGCACACCGGGGGACACUCCACGCACCCCGUGGGCGUGGACUGCCACCGUCCGGGGCCCAUCUGCUCGAACUGGCGCUCUCCGCGUCCUCUGUGCGGUCUCCCUUAGUAAUACCGAGGUUAGUUAUUCUCGAUGAGUAUUUAAACGUAAUUAUAGAAAUAUAUUAUAUUAUAUAUAUAUUAUAUUUUUUGCUGUCUACGAAGCUCAAGCUAGCCAUUGUCCCACACAUGCUGCUGUG